AUGGCCGCUUGCCAGUAUCAUUUUUACUGUGAAGAGAACAGGAGGGUCCGAGUGAAUGAGGAGAUGCUUCAGUCUCAAAUCUAUGAUCCUUCUGAAGGAUACCUGGAACAUGGAGGCCGAGAAGGAAAUGGGAGUGAUGCCCCCGUUUUUGGGCUAAACCCUGAACCAUGUCCUGCACAAGCUGAGGAGGCUCAAGCCAGUGCUCCCCCCAAGAAAGAAAAGAGGAAGAGGGAAGAAAAGAAGGCUUCAGUUGUGGUUUCAAAGGAGGAGGCAAAGGAGGAAGCCCCGACCCCAAAAUCAAGGAAGCCCACUCCUGGGAAAAGGAAAUCAAAGAAGGAUGGAGAGGUCGGAGCUUCUGCAAAAGAGAUACCUACUCAACCGACCCCUCGAGUGACUGGAAAUGAGGAAGUUGAAGAGAAGAUGACAGAGGAGCCACCAAAGAAGAAGGAAACAAAGAAGAGAUCCCCUCCUAAAAAGAAGGUUGAAUUUGCCCCUAUUAUAGAAGAAACCCUACAACCCCAGGAGGAACCAAUAGCACUAGUUGAGCCUCCCAGAACAGCUGCUGAAGUGGAAAGAGAACAAUGA